CAUUAUUAAAUCCUUGCCAUGGCCAAGAACAGCACCAUGGAAGCAGCUACUGUUGACGCAUUAAAGAAUGUUACUUUGCAGGAUGCUGCACCUGCCCAGGAUAAGAAGACCGAAAAGACUGAAUCAGAAGACCAGGCUAACGGUACCGAGGAAGCCCAGGAAGAUGCAGAAGAAUGUGAAGCCGGAGAGCCUGGAACUGAAGGAGCCAAAAAGAAGAAGAAGAAGAACAAGAAGAAGAAGAAGUCUGGACCAAAGGCACAAACUGAGCCACCUACUGUUCCUGUAUCUAAGCUUUUCCGUGAAAAGUACCCUGUAGGUGAAUGCCAUGAUUACAGAGAUGACAAUCUCUGGAGAACAACAAGUGAAGAGAUGCGUGCGGCAGAAAGAAUCAAGGAGGAUGAAUACGAUCAAUUGAGAAGAGCUGCCGAGGUUCAUCGCCAGGUCCGUGCAUAUGCCCAAAAGGCCAUUAAGCCUGGAAUGACUAUGAUUGAGAUUUGUGAAUUGAUCGAGAAUGGUACUCGUGCAUUGGUAGAGGAAGAUGGAUUGGAAUCCGGUAUUGGUUUCCCUACCGGAUGUUCCUUGAAUCACUGUGCUGCCCAUUACACACCUAAUGCAGGCGAUAAAACUGUUUUGUCUUAUGAUGAUGUUAUGAAGAUCGAUUUCGGUGUCCAUGUAAAGGGACGUAUUAUUGAUUCGGCUUUCACAAUGGCUUUCAACCCCAAGUUUGAUCCUCUUAUUGAAGCUGCCAGGGAAGCUACUUAUGCCGGUAUUGCUGCAGCUGGUAUUGAUGUACGCCUUUGCGAUAUUGGUGCCGCUGUACAUGAAGUCUAUGACUCAUACGAAAUUGAGUUGGAUGGCAAGAACUAUGACAUCAAGCCAAUCCGUAAUCUCAAUGGCCACACAAUUGAGCCCUAUCGUAUUCACGCAGGAAAAUCUGUGCCUAUUGUCAGAGGCUCAUCUGACGAGACAAAGUUGGAGGAAGGUGAACAAUUGGCUAUUGAGACUUUCUGCUCAACUGGUCGUGGAUACGUUGUUGAAGAUGGAGAAUGUUCUCAUUACGCUCGCUCUACCGAGUCACCUUUUGUCCCUCUGAGACUUCCCAAGGCAAAGUCAUUGCUGGCAAACAUCAACAAGCAUUUUGGUACAUUACCAUUCUGCAGACGUUACUUGGAUCGCACUGGUGAAGAGAAGUAUUUAAUGGGAUUGAGACAUCUGGUUGACGCCGGUGUCGUCACGGCUUAUCCUCCCCUUUGUGAUACCAAGGGAAGUUACACAGCUCAGCUAGAACACACCAUCCUUCUUAGACCAACCUGUAAAGAGAUUCUGUCCAAGGGUGAUGACUAUUAACGAAAAGAAUUUCUCAUUUUAUAUUAAAACAUAUAUC